AAAUAUCAAGAAGUAUACCAUCGGAUUCACUCGUAUAGAGGCAAACUCUGUUUGUAUACGGGUCACAUUUAGUUAUACACUAUGGGUCGAAAGUCUGGAUCCACCAAAGGUGGCAAGAACAUCAAUCCCGCGGACGCGCACAGAAAAGCGCAGCGUAAGAGGGAACUGAAGAAGAACAAGAAGGUCAAGGAAUUGGUACGCGAGAGUGUGCUUAAAGGCAAAAAUGCAUACGAAAUGGCUAAACAUGGUGACAUACUCGAACGCCAGAUCAAGGCCGCCGAGGAGUCCGACAACAGUGGCAUGCUGUUAUCCUUGAAUGAGAAAAAACGCAAGAAUGACGAGUCCCUGCAGAGGGUUCUGGCGCGUAUGCUUGUAGACACUCCGGCAGAACAUGAGAAGUAUAUGAACUGGGCCGUGAGUGAAGACCGCAAGGAAAACGCCCGAAAUGCGAAGGUCAAUGAGAAUCUGGGGGAGCUAGAGCAGGAGCUGAUCAAGCGAUCACAGGGGGCAUAUGCACACGCCAAUGUUAGUGCAAACGCGCACACAGCCGUCAGGAGCGACAGUGACAGAGAUAGUGACAGCGAGGAUGGGCAUGGAGAUGAGAUGGAUGGAGACCGAUACACAUUCGAUGACGAUGUGGAGUCCAUAGCCCUGCCCGAUGAUCCCACCACUGGGCAAUCACCGACACACACACAGACACACAUACAAACACAUGGUAUCGCAGGCACUAGGGUACCCCCCGGAGGACCACCCCCGCCUCCCACACACCCACAUCCUAACCCACAGACACGCAUACUAUCACCAGGUGUCACACUACCUGGCCCCCCCCCAGGAGCGCCUGGAGGACCACCACCAGGGGUUAUGGGUAUGUUGGCGCCCGGUUCUAUUUAUAGAGGGCCUCCGCCCAGUAUGAUGGGACCCCCACCAAACAUGGGAGGCUCAGUAGGUAUGGGCGGUCCCAAAGGACCUCCCCCGGGUGCACCCCCAGGACCGCCUAGGGGACCGCCCCCGGGACCGCCUAGGGGACCGCCCCCGGGACCGCCUAGGGGACCGCCCCCGGGACCGCCUAGGGGACCGCCCCCGGGACCUCCUGGUAGCAUGUUAGUAAGGCCAGGCCCACCUGGUCUAAACAGACCCGGUCCGCCUAUGAUACCACGACCAUCCCCAGGGCUACCUACACACACACAGGCUCAAAGUGACGCACAAUUGGAAGCCCAGGCGCAAGCUCAGGCGCAGACGUCACGAGCACCGACAAGUGAAAAGGAAAAGGAAGACGAGACGAAAGCUGAGGUGGGCGAGGGAGAAGGUGAGCAGGCGGAGACUGAGACCAAACCAAAGAGUGCGACAAUUAGUGCGGCACCACAAGUGCGAAAUUUCAAGGCUGAGAACAUUCAGAUGAUCCCCAGUUCUUUGAGGAUACGGAGACAAGCCCUGGCCGCUGGAGCCAAGAAAUCCGGUGCCAAACCCAUGGCGCAGGUGCCGCGAUCAGUGAUCCACAAGAAGGUGGCCACCACCUCACGGCCAGUUGGCAAACCCGCAAUUCGUAGGCCUAUUGUGAAUGCCGCCCCAACCGCAGGGCAGUACAAACCAGGCAUAAGAACAGGACUACCAGGCAAAGGCUUGGGCGCUGGGGCUAGAAGCCAACAGACGUUAAGUACGGCUGAGAAUAAGACUGAGGUGCAGGAUAAAGACGACGCGUAUAGUUCGUUCAUGGCCGAGAUGCAAGGGUUACUGUAGUCCUGUAGUCGUGUGGGUGCGCUAGAAAGGUCAUUAUAGAAUUCUGCUGAAGAUUCGGUUUGGCUAUGACGAAGAUUCGGUUUGGCUAUGACGAAGAUUCAGCUUUUGUGGGUGGAAAAGACGGGUUGAGAGAGCCACUACCUGCGUACGUUCUUCCGUUUGAAGCGUACGUUCCAGAUAAGCGGAAAAUUAUAGGGCAACUGGAGUAUGAUUGAGGGCUUAUUGAAUGCCAUGGUUCGAAUGGCCUGACUUUCCAAUUUAGGAUUGUUAACGUAUAUCAAACGCAGGAGCCAGUGUCUGUGGCACAUUUGUUAUAGACCCCUGCCACUUCAAAGUUGACAUGUCACACCUCCCUUAAAGUUGUGAGGGUUGCUUGCUCCUUCUCCACAGUUGCCUGGCUUUCGCGCCUGGGAAUGGGAUAGAUAGCCCACCUGGUAGGGCCAAUCCAAUGAUACGUAAAAAGCACUCUUGCUGCUGAGUGUGUUAAGGACAAUGGUAUACAUCUCGAAGUGACGGAGGUGAUUUAAUGUCUCGUCUAUGGCGUCUACUUCGCCUGCCGCCAAACAGAUGGGGGUUUCUCGAUACCAUAGUCGUGGCGGUUGUAGUAUUGUAUAUUAAUCGAGCUCGCUACUAGUAGCAUGGCUGAGUGCCAACGGUGCGUUAUGUGAAGCUGUGAAACAAGUGAGCGUAACAGCGCUGACAGUGGCGCAUGCACGCCUGCAGGAAGUUACAGUCGCCAAAGGCUUUAACAUCCAUUUUGUAAAUGAGUUAUUCGAAAUAUAUCUAGCUCUAACAUAGUCGGACUAUGCAUCCUUGGUAGAGAGGGUUGCUGCUGAGACGUGAAUUGUCAUUAUGUUGAAUGUUAUAAGCCGCUCAAAAACCAUGUCGUCACUAUAAUUGGUUCUCGUUUCUGAACGUCAAGAUCACAGACCACAAAAUCAAGUACGUAAAUGAAAAUGUCAUUGCAUAUACUUUUAUAGGGUGCGAAGGUUGCCCCGCAUAUAUUGAGAUGAAUAUGCACCUGAUGUUGAACGCAUAGCACACGAUUCUAUGUGGGACUAUGACGAUGUUUGCAUGCGGUCAAGGAGUUGAACUCUCC